UACAAGACAGAUACGAAGCAGUGAGCUACUAAAACGAAUCUCUAAACAACUUAUCUCAAAAUGUACAUAUCAUCACAUAAGAUGGGAUAUGUUGUGACCACCUUAGCUCUACUAGGGCAUCUUCAAAAAGUCAUCGCGGGCUCAUUCCAGUGCCAAGGAACGUGCUAUCGAGGAAGUUGGUUUCCCAAUUCAGAGAAAGUCAUCCCAGACAAGCAAAUGGUUGGUUUUUCUUACAAGAACAUUACAACGUAUGACCAAAACGUGUGCUAUGCAAACUGCAUUCAAGAUUGCCGCUGCAACGCUUGUCAGAUGAAGGAUGGUGUGUGUGAGUUGUUGGACUAUGAUCGAACAUUCAAGCCCGCUUUCUUUCAUUCAGGCCCUGGGUACGUCUACAUGGAUUUGGAUCAGCAGUCUUACCAAGGGACAUCAAACAUGGUAAAGCCAGGUGAUUGCUAUAAUGGCUGUUGUCGAUCUCAGCCCUGCAUGAACGGAGGGACAUGCGUAGAGCGUUGUCAUUCUCCACUAGAAAAAUUCACUUGCGAAUGUCAGAACAGAUACACCGGGCGAGUUUGCGAGAAACGCAUUACAGAGUGCUUUGAUAUUCGCAAAUUGCCGCUGCAACGCUUGUCAGAUGAAGGAUGGUGUGUGCGAGUUGUUGGACUAUGA